AUGUCUCUCUUGGCUUCUUCAUUGGCAGGUGCUAAUUACAUGACAUCGAGUAACGAAGAUAGAGAAUCAGCCACGAAUGGUGCAGCGGAGUUCACGAGGAGGAAGAAAUGGCCGGAGAUACUUCUGAAAGAGCUUGUGGGGGGAUCGAUAUUCUGCUUGAAACCUGUUAUGAUCAGGAGGGAGAGCGGUCAACAGGGUGGGCCAAGUGGGGGUGGUACCACUUGGAGCUGGAAGAUCAUUUACAGUUCUCCAGCCGUGAUAGAGAUGUUGGGUAAGAAGCCCGCUGAUUUGGAGGGAAAAGAUUUCCUAGACUUAGUAUUCUCCGCCGAUCAUGGACAGGUUCAAACUUUCUUCCAUCACCUCCUGACUCCCUCUUUACCCCACCACGCCUCAUCAUCAACAAGUAUAACCACCUCCACAAACUCUCCAAACAACAACAGCACAGCACAGAACACCCUAGGCGAUUCCCAGACCACGUAUAUAAGAAUGUUGUCCUCUUCAUCAUCAUCGGUCGGGGGAUCUAACGAUAAUUCACCUGAAUCCUCCUCGAACGGAUCAAACGAUACUUCUUCGUCAACCAAUAAGAAGAUCGGUCCGGUGAUAUGGGAGAUAAGAGCUCACGCGAGUGGACUAGGGGAUGAUAUGCCUUUACCACCUGGAACGGAGAACUUGACGAUGACCAGUACGAAUGGAACGUUGACCACCACUGCCAAUGUACCUGGGGAAAAUGGGAAUGGGAUGAGAGGGAAGGCCAUAUGGGUGAUGGGUAGGAGAGUAUCUGAGAAUUUCUCAGAUCUUGAUGCGUUUUUGGAACUGAAAUUGGAAAACGAGAGAUUGAGGGAAGAAUUGAGAGAGUUACAGUUGGAUUUGGAUGAAGAACUGCCAUCCCGUAAAUCAUCUGGUCCCAACAUUUCACCCACCAAACAAACGACAUACAUACCCUCAUCAUCACCUUCAGAUGAAGACUCUUCGCCAUCAUCUUCACGAUCUUCUUCACCCUCCAGAGUAGCAGGUAAUGCCGGGACCUCAACAAAGCCCAAGGGUAAGACCGGCCGACCGCCCAAGGAAGGUAAAGAUAAAGAAAAGAAGAGGAAGAAGUCUAGUGCAGGUGGGGUGAAUGGAAAGGAAGGAGAGGGUAUGCACGUGUGUGUGACGUGCGGUAGGACGGAUAGUCCAGAAUGGAGGAAAGGUCCAUUGGGUCCAAAGACUCUGUGUAAUGCUUGUGGGCUCAGAUGGGCUAAGAGGAAUUCCAACCAACCUACAAGAAAGAAGCCGAAUGAAGUGAAGAAGUGA